GAUUGCAGGAGUGGAGUUCACAGCCCGCUGCUUCAAUCGAGUGGCGAAGCCCAGCGAAUUGCCACCAGCAGAAAUGCCUCGGCCAGCACUGGCGCACUUCGAACUCUUGUAGCCACCAUGAGUGACAAGGUCAUAUCCCAGUAUGGCUGGUCUAUGGAGCGGGAUGGAUGGCAGCCGCUGUGGGACAUCCAGGAGUCCGUGGGCGUCUUAGCCCUGGACCUGGUUGACAACCGUCUUCUGAUCUUCUACCGUGGAGGCUUUCUGCAGGCGAAGGACAUUCGGACCGGCGGCCAUUGUGGCAGAUGGGCAUUGCCCAGCUCAGACAGAAUCAUCGGUGGCGGAUGUGGAAACAAGGAGACGGACAGCAUGCUGCUGCUGGCCAAAUCACACGGAGGCGCGGCUUCUCAGCUGCUGAGAGCUGAGCUACCCUCCAUGAAGGAUUGCGGCCACCCUGUGCCAUCGCAUGUCCGACUCAGAGGCUAG